UUUUCCUUUCACUACGAACGGGGAAAUAGAGCGCGUGUCCUUUACUCCACUCCAGGCUUCAUACAGUGAGACUCCGCUGAUAUAAGUUUAAGCACGUCCCCCAAAAUUCCAAUUUCCUGAGUUUCACUUUCGCCUCGCGUUCUCUCAAAUCCCCCUUCUCCUCUUUUGGUUUCUUCUGAAAACCCUAACUUAGCAGCAAAACUCAAUUCUAAUCUCUUCAUUUGUUCUGCACUUCUUUGCUAUUUUUUUUUGCCGAAAAUGCGUGUGUUUUCUUGAUUGUGAAUCUGGAAUUGAGGGAUGGAGUUUCCUAAAGAGACUCAACUGAUGGAACUCGCGGCGCCGAGAACAUCGUAUCAGGACUUGUUAGAUGCGCAGCGCGAUCUCUUUCAGAAUCAGAUCGAGAAGCUCCAACAAAUAGUAGCCACCCAAUGCAAACUAACCGGCGUCAAUCCCCUUUCUCAAGAGAUGGCUGCUGGGGCGUUAUCCAUUAAAAUCGGAAAGAGACCUAGAGAUUUGCUAAAUCCGAAGGCUGUAAAGUACAUGCAACUUGUAUUCUCCAUCAAAGAUGUAGUUAGCAAGCGGGAAACUCGGGAGAUCAGCGCUCAAUUUGGAGUUACAGUUACUCAGGUUCGGGACUUUUUUACUGGUCGGCGCACAAGAGUGAGGAAGUGUGUGAGAUUGUCAAAAGAGAAGGCCAAUCGAUCUUCUGCCCAUGAUGCACUGCAUAAUGAGACUACAUCUGCUUCAGAUCCCAAUAUGCUUUCAGAAGCAGUCCCUAUAGACACAAUAGCUCCAGUAAAUAUUGACGAAGGGCCUUCGUGCUCAAAACGACAUGAGAGUUUCACUGGCAUGGAUGAGUCAGACCUUCACUUUGUUGAAAAUAUAUUUAGUUUGAUGAGAAAAGAGGAUUCAUUCUCUGGACAGGUUAAGUUGCUGAGGUGGAUUCUACGAGUGGAAAAUCCUUCAGUGCUAAAUUGGUUUCUAACUGAAGGUGGACUGAUGAUCUUAGCAACAUGGUUAAGUGAAGCAGCAAAAGAAGAACAAACAAGUUUUCUUCGUGUUAUUCUUAAGCUGCUUGAUAACUUGCCGCUGCGUAAGGCUCUACCCGUUCACAUGUCUGCUAUAUUGCAAAGUGUUAAUAGACUGCGGUUUUACAGGACAUCAGACAUCUCACACAGGGCAAGAACUAUGCUAUCCAAGUGGAGCAAUAUGUUGGGAAAGAACCUCUCCUUGAAGAAAAGCAAUGGAUUGAAAUCAGCCAGUGAUCUACAAGAUGAGAUGCUCUUGAAGCAGAGCAUUAAUGAAGUUAUGGGCAAUGAAUCAUGGGACUCUAAAGUUGACAACUCUGAGGAACCUUUGAGAUUCUUGUGCGACAGUGCUGAUAACCAUUGGAAGUUGGAUGCGGCUCAGCCUCAAAAAAUGCUUACAGCAUCAGGGGAUGACUCUAAUAAAAGGCGAGGUGUUCUGUCAUCUCAUACGCGAGAGAGACGGAAAGUUCAGAUGGUUGAGUAUCCCAGCCAGAGAUUGGCUGUAAGGAGUCCCCAGGUUGCAAAGUCAACACCUGCAACUCAAAGCCGCCCACUUUCUGCUGAUGAUAUACAGAAAGCGAAGAUGCGUGCUCAAUUUAUGCAGAAUAAACAUGGGAAGACAAGUACAUGUCCGGAUGAAAAAGUAAAGCCUGAAAGUCAGAAUAGAUGUACCUCUUCGCAUGCCAAUUUCCCUCCAUCGGCUUCUAAGUCUAAUCUCCAGAGUGAACCUGAGGAACAGAGGAAACUUGAUAGUGCUGUUUCUAAAUCUAAUGUCCAGAGUGAACCUGAGGAACAGAGGAAACUUGAUAAUGCUAUCUCUAAACUUGCCAAUCAACAAGCAAUUUCUCCUCUGGAGUUGGAGGAGCCUCCAUGCAAGAAGAACAAGAGAGUUCAGAUCCCAUGGCGGACACCUCCAGAAAUCAGAAUUAGGGAGGCAUGGCAUGUAGGUGAUGGGGCUAAUAGCAAAGAAGUUGAAGUUCAGAAAAACAGAAUUAGGCGUGAGAGAGAAAUAGUUUACAGGGAAGCACAAGAAAUCCCAUCUGACCCAAGGGAACCUUGGGACCGUGAAAUGGACUAUGACGAUACAUUAACACCCGAAAUCCCUAUUGAGCAGUUGCCAGAUGUUGAACCGAUAGACACACCUGUUUCUUCAAGUGAUACAAAGGAAAUUGUAGCUUCAGUUGCCUCUGCAUCAUCUGAGAGUAUGCCUGAACCGGACCUCGAAUUGCUUGCUGAAUUGUUGAAAAACCCAGAUUUGGUUUUUGCAUUGGCGUCUGGGCAAGGUGGUGAUCUAUCAAGUGCUGCGACUGUUAAGCUCCUUGAUAUGAUCAAAGCGAAUGGAGUGAGUUCGUUGGGUAAUUUAUCUGGGAAUACCACCGUUGAGGUUUCACUACCAUCUCCGACACCUUCGAGCGACCCUGUUCCGAAUGGACUGAAGCCCGACUUUUCAAGAAAUCCAUUUUCACGGCAGCAUGCAUUUGAAAAUGGCAAUGCAUAUCAGGCACCUGGAGCUUCUCUUCCCCUCCAGUCGCAUGGAAUGAUUCCAACUAGCAUUUUACCGCAGCAUCAGAUUCCAGCCACUACGAUUUUGGCUCCUCAGCCUUCAGCAGCAGUCCAACAGUUGGCCCAUAUGGUGGGGCCACCGGUAUCAUCUCUACCUAUUCAGCUGCCUGAACAGUGGCAGGGACCUGCAAACCCACAAAUUCAUCACCAAAAUACUCAUCCUAUCACUUCAAAUAUACAUUUGACCACAGAAAUGAGGCUAAAUGCGAAUACUUUAGCCGACUCUAACCGGGCUUCUUCUAAUGUACUAGGUGCAUCUUCCCCUACUAUUCGGGCUGAACCCUUCGGAAAUGUUAAUCCAUCGCCGGGGUCUGUGCUAAUGGCCCCAUCUCAAUCGCUUGCACCGUCACAUCCUCUAAACCCACAGUUGUCCUACAUACAGGAACCAUUAGUCUCCAACUCAUUGCGUUCAAGGCAGGGUUUUGAUUCAAACUAUCACUAUCAAAACAAUCAAACAGUGAAUAACUAUAAUGCUUACGCAGGAGGAGCUGGGCAGGCUGUGUUGCCGCCAGCAGGUAACUGGGGUGGUAGAAACAAUCUUGCAGAUAGGCCCGAAUUUGAGUCAUGGAGCCCGGAUAACAGCCCCUCUAGACGUCAUGAAUACUUACCAGGCCGGUAUUAUCAUGAGGCUAGCCCCAACUUAAGACAUGGAUACAGGCCCGAAAGGUCCAUGCAGAAAAGUCUGGGGGAGUCGUCUAGUUAUCAAGAAUACAACAUGAGCAGAACUGGAAGUCAACGGUGGCCGGACCACAGAAAAUAGUGAUGAUCCGAUCUUUGCUGUAGAUGGAAUGCGGGUUUUACUUUUUUCUGUGGAGAUGAGUUGGGGAUGAAAUGCGGGCCGACUGUUGAUGCUGGGCAUGGGAUGUAGACUUCUUUUUGUUGCUGCAAAGUACUUUUUAGCUAUCUAUUUGCUUUUGUCCUUGGGGUAUAUGGAGGACAUUCUUGAUACAUUGGAUUAAGAAUGACAAAGAUUGCUUAUUUCUUUCUUCGGCCGAUGAUUAAUUAUCCAGGACUGUUCUUCAGAA